AUGGACGCCUCCAACGUGCGCUUCCUUCCGGUCACAGGCUUUCUGCUUGCUAGCACAGCGGUGGUGACACUGCCGGUGUUGCUACAUUACAUCUCGGGUAGCGACAUCGCUCUCGACUGGACGUCCGUAUUGAGGGGGUCCAGUGUGUGGACACCAUUCACGACUUUCUUUUACGGAGGGGGAGGCAUGCCCCUCCUCUUUGAUGCCUUCAAUCUGUACCGCACGUCGACCGCGCUGGAACAAAACUAUCGGCAAGAUACGGCCGCGUACGCAUGGUCUCUUACCGUGGUGGCCGCUCUUAUCCUGGUGACUUGUGUCACCAACAACACUGACUCAAAGGCGCUCAACCAAGUCCCCGUGUUCAAGUUUCCCAUCCUCUUCCGGGCUUUCCUGACCGCUCUCGUGUACAUGUGGGCGCGGGAAAAUCCGACGGCUAAGGUCAACAUCUUUGGGUUGAUCAGCAUUCCUACGAGGCUCUACCCGUUCGUUCUCAUUGCCCUUGACCUUAUCCAGAGGGGCCCCGCUGGUGCUCUGCUCAGCAUCAUGGGGAUCGUUACUGGCCACUUUUGGUGGUUUACGACUGCUUAUCUGCCCUUGCAUGCCCCGAUACAUCUUCGCUGUCGUAACCCAUUAAGCGUUCCUCAGUGGUAUCGGGCCAUGUUUCAGCGUCGCUUGAGCUCACCGAGAACUGUAUCAGGGGGUGCAGGAGUUACAGCCCAUGGUCCGCGCGAGCGAUUCAGGAAUGCCAACGAUGCCGUCCGACACCGCUGGGGCUCCGGCCAACGGCUCGGAGCUGACUAGAGUCGGCCAUACAUGUAUGAUUGAUUCGGAGAGAGCAUCGGUGGAAGAGGUGCAAUGUAUUGAUCAAACGACCAAGACACUGUAUUACCACGGGCCCCGACUCGUAAUUGUCGUCUCCAUCUGCGCAGGAUGGUGAGAGUGGCCUUGUCUCCCGAGGAGGGGGGUUUCGUUUUCCUUGACCUUCGAGAAUACUGUGUUCAUGCACAAUCAGCC